GGAGAAUUUUUGAAAAAUAAAAGAGGAAUCAACUUUCUAAAGUGCUUGCCGUGUGGUCUCAAAUUCCCACCUUAUGAGUUAUGUAUGACUCGAAUUUUGUUGGUGUGCGAUAGCAGUUGUAAAAACAUCACCACUUUCCCAAACGCGCUUAAGUCAUUCCUAACCGACAACGUCUCUCUUUCUCUCUCGAUCAAUUCUCGAAUUCCUAUCGCUGAUUUUGAACUCCUAGCAGUCUUCUUCGAUUUCCCAGGUACUUACUAUCGUCUACUUUAUUUAUUUAUUCUUUUUCGCAGAAAGGUACAACUCUCAGAUGUUUCUUCCAUUUGGAAAUUGGUGGGGAAUUGUUAUCUGAAUUCUGAAGAACGAAUUUGAUUGAGUUUUGAAGUUUGAUCUGAUCGAGUCAAACAUGUUUUCUCGAAUUCUGGGAAAACCUAAGCAACAGUCUAAUAAUGCUCUCACCACGCUUGACAAAUUAAACGAGACUCUUGAGAUGCUCGAGAAGAAGGAAAGUUUGCUCCAGAAGAAGGCAUCUGCAGAGGUGGAGAAGGCCAAAGCAUAUACAAAAGCAAAGAACAAAAGAGCGGCCAUACAGUGUUUGAAGAGGAAAAGACUAUAUGAAGAACAGAUGGGGCAGCUGGCAAAUUUCCAACUGCGUGUCCAUGAUCAGAUGAUAUUACUGGAGGGUGCAAAAGCUACUACUGAUACUGUGGAUGCAUUAAGAAGUGGAGCAGCUGCUAUGAAAGCAAUGCAGAAAGCCACGAACAUUGAUGAUGUGGACAAGACAAUGGAUGAGAUAAACGAACAAACGGAGAACAUGAAGCAGAUACAGGAGGCAUUGGCUACACCUAUCGGUGCAGCUACUGACUUCGAUGAGGAUGAGUUAGAAGCUGAACUAGAAGAAUUGGAAGGUGCAGAGCUUGAGGAUCAGCUUCUUCAGCCUGCAAGCACAGCUCCUGCUGCUCAGGUGCAGGCUCCAGCUGGCAGAAUUCCUGCUCGGCCUGCACCUCAGAAACGUACAGAGGAAGAAGACGAGCUUGCUGCUUUGCAAGCAGAAAUGGCACUUUAAGCACUUUUCCAUCCAUCAUUGGACAUGUAACAACGCCUAUUCGCUGCUGCUUGGAAUUAAAAUUACUGUAUUAGGUAGUCAAUCGACCAUUCUACCCAGCGAUGAAACCCAGAUGCGUUUGGAUUUUGAAACUGGCUGGAAGUUGUAGCUCCAAUUUUAUCUAGUGUAUAUUAUCUGUUCCACGCUUUUGUAUGAUCUCACAGGAUGUAACAUGAAACAUGUGUUAGAAGUAGUGCAGUUUCUUUGGCAUUGUAAACGACACAGCAAUAUAUGGUCCUUGUAAAAUAAAUCUGUUUGGCCAGAGCGAAUAAAGAUUCACCCUUUUCUUUUC